CUUCACCGUUUUCCUUCCUUCCGUCUCUUCGUCACAGGGCGAAAAGAAAGCGCACGAACGACAACGGAACGGAACCCAGAGGCAGAAAGUAAAACUUCUUCUUGCUCGGCCACGAAUUUCCUUGGCUUUCACUACACUGUUCCAAAGAAUCCCCGACCUUCCUUCCGGUGCCGGAAACAGAAUUGGGUAUACCCCGCAAUCUGGAAAAGGAGUAGAUGGUCUCUCUCUAUUGAUCACAUUGCCCGUGAGCUCGCUCGCUCGCCGGCGGUGCCGAAACCCAAGUCAGUUAAAGCAUGCAACGAGACAUUAGAAAGUGGCUGAUGAAGCCACAUGACAAGAGCAACGGCAGUGCAAAUCCAGCACAACCAGCGUCAGCUGAUGAAGAGAAUGAACAUUCACCAUUGGAGUCACGUCAUGAACCUCCUUUGAAGGGUGAACAGGAAAGUGCUGGUAGAAGGAAAACCAGCAAAUACUUUGCGGAUAAACAGAAGCCGAAAGAGGAAAAAGAGGUGGUGAAAACCCCGGCAAAGAGAAAGGCUCAGAGUGAUGGUAAUCCAUCUGUGAAAACAACACCUCCUAGGAAGGUUCAGAAAGUUGAUGAUGCCGAUGAAUAUGACUUUGUGGUGCCACCUAAAAAGGUCAUUGUUGAGGCCACCCCUAAUAAGAAAUUGAAGAGUGGGUCUGGAAGGGGGGUCAGUCAGAAGGCUGUAGCAAUUGAUGAAAGUGACGACGAUGAAGUUGAGGAUGCUGAACUACCUCCUAAGGUUGGUGGAAGAGGUCGUGGUGGUAGAGCGGCAACGGGGCGUUCAGCUGGUGGAAGAGGAAGAGGGGCCAGCCAGAAGGCUUUAGAAAAUGAUGCGGGUGACGAGGAUGAAGUUGAGGGCACUGAACAACUUCCUAAGGCUGGUGGAAGAGGUCGUGGUGGUAGAGGCCCAGCUGGGACUUCAGCUGGUGGACGAGGCAGAGGCGGUGGCCGUGGUGGAUUUAUGAACUUCGGUGAAAGGAAAGAUCCUCCACACAAAGGAGAAAAGGAAGUCCCAGAGGGUGCUCCCGACUGCUUAGCUGGUUUAACGUUUGUAAUAAGUGGCACUCUUGAUUGUUUGGAAAGAGAAGAAGCAGAAGAUUUGAUUAAACGCCAUGGAGGUCGCAUUACUGGAUCUGUCAGCAAGAAAACGAGUUUCCUUCUGUGUGACGAGGAUAUCGAGGGGCGAAAAUCUGCCAAAGCUAAGGAACUUGGCACUCCGUUCCUUACGGAGGAUGGUCUUUUUGAUAAGAUCCGCUCAUCAAAAUCUACAAAGGUGCCAGCAAAAGAAGGGCUAAAAGGUUCUGCGGAGAAAGCUGCACCCCUCCCCAAGAAAAGUCCUCUAAAAGCAGAAGUGAAGGGAAACUCUUUAGCACAUUGUUCUGCUGGUAAGGCUUCAGCCAAAGCUGUUUCUCCCGCCAAGAAAAGGCAAGUCGUUGAGCACUCCUCACUGCCAUGGACAGAAAAAUAUAGGCCUAAAGUUCCGAAUGACCUAGUUGGAAAUCAGUCUUUGGUUAAUCAGCUUCAUACUUGGUUAAAGAGCUGGAAUGAUCAGUUCCUUGGAAAUGGAAAAAAGGUUAAGGGUAAAAACCAAAGUGAUUCUAAUGCCAAGAAAGCCGUGUUACUAAGUGGAACACCGGGCAUAGGGAAAACAACGUCUGCAAAGCUGGUCUGUAAGAUGCUUGGUUUUCAAGCAAUUGAGGUCAAUGCAAGUGACAGUCGUGGAAAGGCGGAUUCCAAAAUAGUCAAAGGAAUUGGUGGAAGCAAUGCAAAUUCCAUAAAGGAACUUGUCAACAAUGAAUCUCUGGGCUCUAAAAUGGACAGGCUACAACAUGAAAUGACAGUUCUCAUCAUGGAUGAGGUAGAUGGGAUGUCUGCAGGAGAUAGAGGUGGUGUUGCUGAUCUUAUUGCUAGCAUAAAGAUCUCCAAAGUGCCUAUUAUCUGUAUCUGUAACGAUCGAUACAGUCAGAAGCUAAAAAGUCUUGUAAAUUACUGCCUGCCUUUGAACUUCCGCAAACCUACAAAACAACAGAUGGCAAAGAGGUUAAUGCAGAUUGCAAAUGCUGAAGGACUUAAAGCUGACGAGAUCGCCCUUGAGGAACUCGCAGAAAGAGUGAACGGAGACUUGCGGAUGGCAGUAAAUCAGUUGCAGUACAUGAGUCUUUCCAUGUCGACUAUUCAGUAUGGCGAUGUGAGGCAGCGCCUUCUAAGCAGUGCAAAAGAUGAAGAUAUCUCACCAUUUACAGCCGUUGAUAAGCUGCUUGGCUUUAACGGAGGGAAGCUGCGAAUGGAUGAGCGGAUUGACCUCAGCAUGAGUGAUCCAGAUUUGGUCCCUCUUUUAAUUCAGGAAAACUAUAUUAACUACAGGCCUAGUGUGGCUGGGAAGGAUGAGAAUGGGAUAAAACGCUUGAACUUGAUUGCUCGUGCUGCAGACUCGAUUGCGGAUGGCGAUUUAGUAAAUGUACAGAUCCGAAGACAUAGACAAUGGCAGCUCUCCCAGGCCAGCUCCCUAGCAUCUUGCAUCAUCCCUGCUGCGUUAUUACAUGGACAGAGGGAAACCCUUGAACUGGGGGAAAGGAAUUUUAAUAGGUUUGGAGGCUGGCUAGGAAAGAAUUCAACCAUGGGAAAGAAUGUGAGACUAUUGGAGGAUCUACAUGUUCAUCUCCUUGCAUCCGGGCAGUCAAAUAUGCGGAGGGGUGCUCUUCGACUUUAUUAUAUUACUCUUCUCCUGAAACAAUUGACUGAUCCUCUGCGGAUGCUGCCCAAGGAUGAAGCAGUAGACAAGGUUGUGGGGUUCAUGAAUGAAUACUCAAUAAGCCAGGAAGACAUGGAGACAAUUAUGGAGCUGGCUAAAUUUAAGGGGAACCCAAAUCCAUUGGAUGGUGUUCCAUCAGCCGUUAAAGCAGCUUUGACGAGAGCAUACAAAAACAAAUCAGGAUUGGUACGAGCUGCAGAUAUGGUCCCAUUUCUUGGGAUUAAAAAGGCCCCUAAGAAACGCAUUGCAGCAAUGUUGGAACCAUCUGAUGAAGGCUUAGGGGAGGAAAAUCUUGAUGCAGUUGAUGCGAGUGAUGAAGAGAACUCUUCUGACACGGAGGAUCCAGAAAGCUCCGUUGAUGGGGCGAAACUGCAGAGUAGCCUUCAAAGCUUAAACUCCAAAGGAAUAAAAGUCGAGAUGGAACUGAAGGGCGCCCAAAAUCCGAACGGGAAGAAGAAACCGGGAGGUCGAGGUAAAGGGGCAUCAUCGGCUGCUGGUUCAGCAGAAAAGAAACCCGCAGGCAGGGGAAGAGGUGGCGGCGGGUCAGGCUCUUCUGGGACCAAGAGAAAGAGAUAGUUAGAGCUACACUGUAGAUGAUCUGUUGAACACACUACCGAGUCGACGCACCAUCCUAGCAAUUGGAUGCAUAUUUCGUAGCUUGCUGGCGAACUGUAGAUCCAUGCGGCAUUGCAUUGUUCGCCAUACCAAGUUUUCACACGGUAGCCAUUGCUCUUACUCUAAACCAAAAACCGAAAGAGCAGCACGUUUCCGAGAAUCGAUUUUGGAGGGCAUAGUAGUGAAACAAAGGUAAAUAGUUUGCCAGUAGGAUAGAUUCUGGGUUUGGUAAGCUCUGUAUCUCUUAGCUUUCUUGUUCCUGCUAUUUUAGUGUGUUGGCUAGGCUAUGUGGAACACAUCUAGGAUCGAACAUUUUGACGGCUGUUGAUAAUUGCCGUCGGUUAAAACUGAAACCAUGCCUGUAUCUGGUAAUCUAGUUGUAAUUAUAGAUCCUAAUUGCAGGCUAAA